AUGGACGAUGAACCGCCUCUGGAUGGGGCUUCUUCAGCGGCAGUUACGUCUGUUGACGGACUCAUGGCGUCAAUUCCGCGCGUUGAGGCCUUCUUGCCGCAUGCUGCUGACCUCGGGCUCGUAAACCGCGACCCGGCCGAUCGGCGGUACGUCAUGGUGGCCUCCUUCGACGACGCAAAAAUCAAGGUGCGGCAAUUGGCUAAGGUGUGCGGCUUCCAAGUUGGCAUUGACAAGUCGAAGAAGGGCGGGCGGCGCCGGCUCUGGGUUUGCACCAGCAAGGCUGGGUGCCCGUUCCUCGUGAGCGUGAAUCAAAGCAACUUUGGCAUUCGCGUCAAGUGCGCACUGGAACACAACCACGCGAUGCACGUGCACGAGAAGAAGGACACGCGGCUGACAACGUACUCGACCGACGAGCUGCAAGUGAUAUUCGCCAACUCGGAGCUCUGUAAACAGUCGCCCGAUGUAUCCAAAAUCACGGGUCGUGAGAUCAUCGAGACACUGUAUACCGAGACAGGAUACAUGAUCAACGCCAACCGCGCGAGCAUGAUCAAGCACGGGAUCAUCAAGGACAUGCAGUAUGAGCUCGAGCGAUCCUUCCAGACGCUGCAGCACCACCUCAAGCGUAUGGGUGAAGACCCUGAUGCGUAUUUAUCUGGCGCGCGCCUAGCGCCCAAGCCGAAGCCUGGACGUCCAAAGAAACAGCAAAAAGUUGCGCCAAUGACGUCUGCGACACCGAUGGUUUCACCGCCACCGCCACCCGCAGUUGAUAGUUAA